AACCUUCAUUCACGCCGAGGAGCAGUUUUUGACUGGUUACCGACUAUAAAUCGGAUAUCAUGUCGCUCCUUAUCAAAUUUGAAUCAAAAUCCGCUAGGGUUAAAGGAAUUUCGUUCCACCCAACUCGGCCAUGGGUGCUCACAUCGCUGCACAGUGGAGUCAUUCAACUCUGGGACUACCGAAUGUGCGUUCUUCUCGAGAAGUUCGACGAGCACGAUGGUCCAGUGAGAGGAAUUUGCUUCCAUCAUGAUCAGCCGAUCUUUGUGUCUGGAGGAGAUGAUUAUAAGAUUAAAGUGUGGAAUUACAAGCAGAAACGCUGUAUUUUCACACUUCUCGGACAUUUGGAUUAUAUUCGUACCACUUUCUUCCAUCAUAAGUAUCCAUGGAUCAUUUCUGCGUCCGACGAUCAAACGGUUCGGAUUUGGAAUUGGCAGAGCCGAAACUCGAUCGCCAUCCUCACCGGACACAAUCACUACGUCAUGUGUGCUCAAUUCCACCCAACCGAAGAUCUUGUGGCUUCUGCCUCCUUGGAUCAGACCGUCCGUGUUUGGGAUAUUUCUGGACUUCGGAAGAAGCAAAUGCCUGGUGGAGGUGCUCCAAGCCGGCCAACCGGAGGGCAACAAGCUGAGCUAUUCGGGCAACCUGAUGCAGUUGUGAAGCAUGUGCUAGAGGGACACGAUCGUGGAGUCAACUGGGUUGCAUUCCAUCAUACCAAUCCAAUUCUAGUCUCGGGAUCCGAUGAUCGUCAAGUCAAGAUUUGGCGUUACAAUGAGACGAAAGCCUGGGAGCUCGACUCGUGCCGUGGACACUACAAUAACGUCUCAUCUGUGAUCUUCCAUCCAAAUGCUGACUUGAUUCUUUCCAACUCGGAGGAUAAGUCGAUUCGUGUGUGGGAUAUGCAGAAGCGUACCAGUCUUCACGUUUUCCGACAUGAAAAUGAGCGUUUCUGGGUUUUGGCCGCCCAUCCAAGCUUGAACAUGUUCGCCGCAGGACAUGACAAUGGAAUGGUCGUUUUUAAAAUUCAAAGAGAACGCCCGGCUUAUUGUGUCAGUGAUAAUUUGGUUUUCUAUGUGAAGGGACAACAAAUUCGCAAGCUCGAUUUGACAACCAACAAGGAUGUUGCUCUGUGCAAGCUCCGUUACCCACAACCAUUCAUGCAACCAUACUACUCUCUUUCCUUCAAUCCUGCCGAGGGAACCUUCCUUCUCACAAGCCGUACUCACAAUAAGGAUCUAUGCGCCUUUGAGCUGUACAAAGUUGCCAGUAACUCUGAUGGAACCACUGAAGCUGCGUGCGUCAAGAGCACCGGAAUCAAUGCACUUUGGGUUGCUCGUAAUCGUUUUGCAGUUCUUGACAAGGCUCAGAAUGUGUCGUUGCGUGAUUUGACGAACAAGGAACUUCGCAAACUCGAGAAUAUCAACACGGCUGUCGACGAUAUUUUCUAUGCCGGAACUGGAAUGCUCCUUUUGAGAAAUGAUGAUGGGCUUCAACUGUUUGAUGUUCAGCAAAAGAUUGUGACUGCUUCAGUGAAAGUGUCGAAAGUUCGUUAUGUGAUUUGGAGCAAGUCUAUGGAAUUCGCAGCUCUUCUUUCAAAGCACACGCUGACCUUGGUCAACCGUAAAUUGGAGAUUCUGUGUACCCAACAGGAGUCGACUCGUGUGAAGAGUGGAGCUUGGGAUGAUGACUCGGUAUUCCUCUACACCACUAGCAAUCACAUCAAAUAUGCAAUCAAUUCUGGAGAUUGUGGAAUCGUUCGUACUCUGGAUCUUCCUCUGUACAUUCUGGCUAUUCGAGGAAACGUGCUCUACUGCUUGAAUCGUGACGCUACACCAGUUGAAGUUCCAAUUGAUAAUUCUGAUUACAAGUUUAAGCUUGCUUUGAUUAACAAACGAAUCGAUGAAGUUGUCAACAUGGUUCGAUCCGCAAAUCUCGUCGGUCAAUCCAUCAUUGGAUAUCUCGAGAAAAAGGGUUACCCAGAGAUUGCUCUUCACUUUGUCAAGGAUGAGAAGACUCGCUUCGGGUUGGCAAUUGAAUGUGGAAACCUGGAAAUCGCGUUGGAAGCCGCCAAGAAGCUCGACGAGCCAGCAGUCUGGGAGGCUCUCGGAGAGACUGCUCUUCUUCAAGGCAAUCAUCAAAUUGUUGAGAUGAGCUAUCAACGAACGAAAAACUUUGAGAAGCUCUCGUUUUUGUAUUUUGUUACUGGAAAUACGGAUAAGCUUGUCAAGAUGAUGAAGAUUGCACAGGCUAGAAAUGAUGCUCACGGACAUUUCCAGACAGCUCUCUACACUGGUGAUGUUGAGGAGAGAGUUAAAGUGCUCCGAAACUGUGGACAAACUUCUCUGGCCUACCUCGCCGCAGCCACUCAUGGAUAUUCUGCUGAAGCUGAGGAGUUGAAGGCUGAACUCGAGAGUCGUCAGCAACCAAUCCCACCAGUUGAUCCAAAUGCUCGCCUCCUUGUCCCACCACCACCAGUUGCUCGUUUAGAAGAGAAUUGGCCACUUCUUGCCUCGGCUCGAGGAACUUUCGAUGCACAGCUUCUUGGAUUAGGAGGACAAUCUGCUCCAACUAAUGUUGGCGGUGUGAAGCCUGCUGCUGCUGCCUUUGCUGUUAUGGAUGAUGAUGAUGGUGAUGUUGGAAAUGAAGCAUGGGGAGAUGAUGAGUAUCUUGUCGGAGAAGAUGGUGAACUUGAUGUUGAUGAAGGAGAAGGACCAGUUGAUGGAGAUGAGGAAGGUGGAUGGGAUGUGGAUGAUGAUCUGGCUCUUCCUGAUGUUACCGAUGAUCAAGGUGGAGAUGAUGAUGAGGAAGUGGUUCCUAACCCAGCUCCAGCUGUCUCAUCGGAAUGGCCGAAUGUUUCUCGUCUUGCUGCUGAUCAUGUUGCAGCUGGUUCAUUCGGAACUGCCAUCAAGCUUCUUCAUGAUACAAUUGGAGUCGUUGAAGCAGCACCAUUCAAGGAUGUAUUCGUGAAGGCUUAUGCAGCUUCUAGACUCUCACAUCGUGGAUGGGGAGGACUCGGACCAGCUGGACCAGUGUCCAUUCAUCCGGUUCGUAAUUUCCAGGAGGAUAAGAAUCAUCUUCCAGUCGCUGCGUUCAAACUUUCUCAACUUGCAAAGAAACUGCAAAAGGCUUAUCAAAUGACGACGAAUGGAAAGUUUGGAGAUGCUGUCGAGAAACUGCGGGAGAUUCUUCUAUCUGUUCCACUGAUCGUUGUGUCUUCGAAACAAGAAGUCGCCGAAGCGGAGCAGCUCAUCACAAUCACACGGGAAUAUCUUGCAGCACUUCUCCUUGAAACUUAUCGAAAAGAUUUGCCAAAAACGAAUUUGGAGGAUGCGAAACGCAACGCCGAACUAGCUGCCUACUUUACACACUUUGAGCUUCAACCAAUGCAUCGUAUCCUGACACUGAGAUCUGCUAUCAAUACUUUCUUCAAAAUGAAGCAAAUGAAGACUUGUGCAUCACUUUGCAAACGUCUAUUGGAGCUCGCUCCAAAACCAGAAGUUGCUGCUCAAAUCCGAAAAGUGCUGACUGCCGCCGAGAAGGAUAACACUGACGCGCAUCAGUUGACCUAUGAUGAGCAUAAUCCAUUCGUCGUGUGCUCUCGUCAAUUUGUGCCUCUUUACCGUGGACGUCCACUCUGUAAAUGCCCGUAUUGUGGAGCAUCGUACUCUGAAGGGCUCGAGGGAGAAGUGUGCAACGUGUGCCAGGUUGCAGAAGUUGGAAAGAAUGUUCUUGGGCUCCGAAUCUCAACUCUGAAGAGCUAAAAGUUGUGAAAUAUGAUAAUUUUUUCGUUUUUUGUGUGAUAUUAAUUAUUGUAAUUUAUUUGCCUUGUUCUUCCACAAUUCCCAUUGCUUUUGGUCCCUUCAUAUUAUUUUCCCGUUGGGCGGCGGUUCAUGUUUUCUAUUUAAAUUAUGUGUUUUUAAAAAUUAUUUAAACCCCACAGAAAGAUUAUGAUUGCAUGCUGGUCUAUUUUAUUUGAAUAAAUCAUGAUUUUUUU